AUGGCUGGAUAUAAUUAUCCCUCUUCGUUCUCGCCUUCUGGCAUCGAGUCACCCGCAGCUUCGGUGAGCUCACAGAAUUCCACUAUGCCGAUUUGCGCAUCAGGUGAAGUGGAGCUGAAAGAAGACAUCGCCGCGCUCCGUCAAGCACCAACCAAGGAGUACACGGGAUACGGGCAGCUCCCGUCAAAGGACUAUAUUGUCCUUGAUUCACCUGACAUCAGGUCCCACUCCCCACCCGUGCGCCGUCCAAGACUCAAUCACCGCGCCUUGCAUUCAUACGGCCAUGGGCGGCGAGUAAGCGGCGGAUCAUCGAGUGCCAAGACGAGUCGUAUCGAGUUUUACGAAGACGGGUUUGGUUACGGGCUCUAUUAUUGGAACGCAGCCGCCGCGACUAAACGCCAGGACGAGCUCGUCAUUAAUGGCCUAUCCCUCGCCUAA